AUGGCUGUGGACCAAAUGAACAUCAAUGGGAAUCAGAGGAGCAUCACUGGGAACCAAAGGAACCUCAAUUUGGACAAGAGCAAUACCGCAAGGAACCAUGAGAAUCUCGGGCUGAAUCAGAGGAACAUCGCUGGGAACCAGUGGAACAUUGCUGGGAACCAGAGAAACAUCAAUCUGAACCAGAGGAACAUCGCUGGGAACCAGUGGAACAUUGCUGGGAUCCAAGGAACAUCGCUGGGAACCACGGAACAUUGCUGGGAACCAGUAGAACAUCAAUCCGAACCAGAGGAACAUCGCUGGGAACCAGUGGAAUGUCCAUCUGAACCAGAGGAACAUCGCUGGGAACCAGUGGAAUGUCCAUCUGAACCAGUGGAAGGUCCUGAGAACCAGUGGAACAUCGUUGAGAACCAGUGGAAAAUCGUUGAGAACCAGUGGAACAUCGCUGGGAACCAGUGGAACAUCACUGGGAACCAGUGGAACAUCAUUGUGAACCAGUGGAACAUCGCUGGGAACCAGUGGAUCAACACUGGGAACCAGUGGAACAUCACCCUGAACCAGAGAAACAUCACUGGGAACCAGAAGAACUCCAGACUCAAAUCUCCCCACAUCACCUGUCGUUCACCUGUCCACCAGGCUGGCGUCCUCUUUGACGUUGAUGGUGUCCUCCUCCGCGGUGGGACGGUGAUCCCAGCGGCCCAGCGAGCUCUCCGGAAACUUGUGGACAGAAACAAUAAGUUCAUGUUUCCUGUUGUUUUCGUCACCAACGCAGGAAGCUGCACGAGACACCACAAGGCACAGCAGCUGUCCAACAAGCUGGACAUGCAGAUUAGACCUGAGCAGGUGGUUCUGUCACACAGUCCUCUGCACAUGAUGGAGAGUUUCCACAAUAAGUGUGUACUGGUGUCGGGGCAGGGACCAGUGACCCAGAUUGCCCACACCCUGGGCUUCCAGAAUGUAAUAACCAUCGAGCAGCUUUCAGAACAGCACCCUCUGCUGGACAUGGUAGACCACAGCAGGAGACCUACACACACACCCUGUUCUUCACAGAUCCUUCCUCAGAUACAAGCGAUCAUCCUGUUUGGGGAGCCAGUCAGAUGGGAGACCAACCUGCAGCUGAUCAUCGAUGUGCUUCUAACCAAUGGUAGACCAGGUUGUGCGUAUGACACUCAGCUGUCAGCUCAAAUGCCUGUUCUUGCCUGUAACAUGGACCUGUUGUGGAUGGCUGACGCUCCAUCACCACGGUUUGGUCAUGGGAUGUUUCUCGUUUGUCUGGAGUCUGUCUACAAGAAGCUGACGGGUCGAGAGCUGGAGUACGAGGCGGUGCUGGGAAAACCCAGUCUGAUCACAUACCAGUAUGCUGAACAGCUGCUGCGUCAGCAGAACCAAAACCACAAGCUGUCCACCAUCUACGCUGUUGGAGACAACCUUAUGACGGACAUCUACGGUGCCAACCUUUAUAAUCGCUACCUGGCCAAGCAUCACACUGAAACAACAGGUGGCAACAAAUUGGUGGCCCAGGGAACCCAGGCGAUUAUGACCGAGGAAGAACCGCCACUUACAGCUCAGUGUCGCUCCAUCUUGGUGUGCACAGGUGUGUAUAACCCUCACUCGCCACUACCUGGUGACCAGAACAUCUCAGAGAUGGUAUUCCAUGGGCAGAAACACCUAAAACUAGAGUCGGCUCUAGUGGAACCAAGUCAUGUUGUGGAAGACGUGGAGGCUGCCGUGGACCUGAUGCUGCAGCAGGAGAGUUCCAAUACCUGACUCCUAGUUUAGAUCGGACACCUCGACCACACCGAGACACCUGGCUGGACCCACGUGGCAGACACCCUGUCCAUACCUGGACCACAGAUGACCUGCUGUCUCAUCCUUGUUGAUGAUCUCUCUGUUUUGUAUAUAUAACAUUAUUUUUAUUAAGCUUCUUAAUAUUAUCAUAAUAUAAAAAUAAUAAAAAGCCCAGCGUUAAUUAACAUCAUAAAAACACAGAUUCAACAUACGGUAUUGUUAACAUCUCCUUGUUUUUUCUGCUCUUGCCCAACUUGAAAAUGAGAUGCUUCAAACAAAAUAAGGAAAAUUUCAAUUUACUGAAGAAAAAUGGUACUCUGUAAUAAAACGACUUACAUUGG